AUGGAAUUUCAAAAGGGAACCCCCAUUCGAUUUGUGGCUGGCAAGUACGCUGGCCUCACGGGAUGGCGCGAUGCUUCGAAGACUUGGGGCACGGAUGGCGACAACGAAACCAGUGCCCCUGUCAUUGUCGAUCAGACGAGAGGCAAAGGUCUCAAGUCCAGCGUUGUGUCGAAGGGCUCUUUCAGAGAGAUUUUGGCAAGUACCACUGCUGGAAAUUACGCAGACCUCGUCAUCGAGAACUGCCCAGACAUUGAAAAGGACUUGGUGGCUGUAACACGCAAGCUGGCAAAGUGCAACGCUGGAGAACACAUCGACGAUAUCAAUGGGUUGUUGGUUGUUACCAUGGCUGAUGCUGUGGAUUGGCAGAGCAAGUUGACAGGAGCAAAAGCGGCUACCCGCAACUUCGCGCCACGCAACAAAGCAAAUAUGAAGAAGCGCAAGGUCUCUAAAGGAGCCGAAUCUGCUGCCGACUCAUCUGCUUCCGACUCUGUCCACUCUAUGAGCACCGGAGGCUCUGGUAUGACCACAUCUCCUUGUAAGAUCUAA